UUAGUUUUGAGAAAAUGGUGGAAGCCGGGUGGGUACGCGCGAGGGUCAGACCCACAGGCACAGCCCUCAACUAACCAGUGCGGUAGGUGAGAUGAAGGAAAGCUGAAACAGAUACCAUGAAAGAAGUAGAGUUUGCAGUUUCGAGUGGAAUAAUCAGUUUUCCAACAAUUCCAAUGGCAAAGGAAGUUGUUGUCCCUGAUGAACCGUUUGUUAUCGGAGAAGAACUAGACCAUGUACGAUUGAUCACUUUGAACAGGCCUCGACAUUUGAAUAUCAUCUCAUCCAAAGUGGUUUCAUUGCUAGCAGAAUACUUAGAAAAAUGGGAGAAAGAUGAGCAAGCAGCUCUUAUACUAAUCAAGGGAGCUGGGCGUGCUUUUUCUGCUGGUGGAGAUUUAAAAAUGUUUUAUGAUGGCAGGAAAUCAAAGGAUUCUUGCCUUGAAGUGGUCUAUCGAAUGUAUUGGCUUUGCUAUCAUAUUCAUACCUACAAAAAAACCCAGGUUGCUCUUGUUCAAGGAAUUUCGAUGGGAGGAGGUGCAUCAUUGAUGGUCCCAAUGAAGUUCUCAGUUGUAACAGAAAAAACUGUCUUUGCAACACCAGAAGCAAGUAUUGGUUUUCAUGUGGACUGUGGUUUCUCAUACGUGCUUUCCCAUCUCCCUGGGCAUUUGGGGGAAUUCUUAGCCUUAACAGGUGCUAGGCUAAAUGGUAAGGAAUUGGUUGCAGCUGGACUAGCAACCCAUUUUGUCCCUCUUGAGAAACUACCUGAGCUAGAGAAGCGUCUGAUUAGCUUGAACUCUGGUGACGAGAAAGCCGUAAAAUCUACCAUUGAGGAAUUUUCUUUGAACAUGCAGCUUGAUGAAGACAGUGUUUUAAACAAGAAGCCAAUAAUUGAUGAGUGUUUCUCAAAGGGUACUGUUGCAGACAUUAUAAAAUCAUUUGAAGCUGAGGCUAGCAAAGAGGGAAAUGGAUGGAUUGGUCCUUUACUAAAAGGGUUGAAAAGAUCAUCACCAACAGGAUUGAAAAUAACAUUGAGAUCGAUUCGCGAAGGGAGGAAGCAAAUGCUCCCUGAAUGUCUGAAGAAAGAAUUUCGACUAACAAUGAAUAUUUUACGGACUUCAAUAUCUGCAGAUGUCUAUGAGGGUAUCAGAGCUCUCACCAUUGACAAGGAUAAUGCUCCGAAGUGGGACCCACCAGUUCUUGAUCAAGUGGGUGAUGAGAAGGUAGACCUAGUAUUUCAGCCGUUCCAAGAGGAUUUGGAGCUCAAAAUUCCAGAACCGGAACAGUGCAGGUGGGAUGGAAAAUAUGAGAACUCGGCAUAUGCAAAUUGAAAGGAUGACAGAAUGAUGGAUGAAGCACCAUAAAGAUUUAUGGUCAGGAGCUGCCUUUUUCCAGAAAAUUCUCCAUGCAAGAAAUUUUAUCACUUUAUAAUAGUAGCGUGUAUUAUCCAUCUCCUGGUUGAUUACGUGUUUAACUGAUGAAUCUUCCCUCUUUAAAUAAAAGGUUAUUAACUUAUACUG